GGUCAAAACACCAUGAGAUCUGUAUCCAUCUAUGCCCCCACUGGAACCCCAUAUUCUUCAACGCGAGCUAGGGCAAUAAGCUUUCGGAGAUCCUUGGCAGAAUAUCCCCAGAUUCUUCCCCACAAUCCCCGGGUGAUCAUCAAGAAACCAGGACUUUCAUAGACAAUAUGGGACGAAGCGCCUGGGGUUCGUCAGGCGACCAAUGUCUGUGGUCUCUGUUGUUUCCCUAUAAAUGAAGCUCAUGCCGCCGAUCCUGGUUCAUCUCGACAGGCAGUCAAUGUCGUCUUAUCCUGGUCUCAGGUACAUCUAGGCCUCCAUUGCAUACUUUCCUGCAUCAUGGCUGCUCUCACAGACGACAAGGUAGCUAGGGUCAGCGAAGAUGACCAUGCCCCAAAUUACGACACGGUCAAGGAUACGUCCAUCGCAAAGCAGGCUGCAGAAGAGGAACACAACCUCACGUUGCUGCAGGCCAUUCGGAAAUAUCCCAAGGCUGUCAUGUGGUCGGUCCUUCUCUCUACUUCGAUCAUCAUGGAGGGUUACGAUAUCGUUCUUAUCUCAUCCUUCUUCGCCCAACCAUCCUUCCGAGAGCACUAUGGAAGCUACCAGCCCAAAUCCAACUCCUGGCAAAUCACAGCUUCCUGGCAGAAUGCACUUUCGAAUGCCGUGAGCGUUGGGACUAUUAUUGGCGCGUUUGCCAAUGGUUACUUCACAUAUAAGUUCGGCUACCGCAAAGUACUUCUCACUUCCUUGGUUGCCAUAUGUGGCUGCAUCUUUAUCUCCUUUUUCUCACCGAGUCUUCCGGUCCUUCUUGUUGGUCAGUUCCUUUGCGGCAUCCCAUGGGGCGUUUUUGCCACUAUGGCUCCUGCAUAUGCAUCAGAGGUGUGCCCCAUGGCAUUAAGAGGAUAUUUGACUGUCUAUGUCAACCUCUGUUGGGCCAUAGGACAGCUUAUUUCGGCUGGAGUACAAGCAGGCUUCUCGAAUACGACCGGGCAUUGGUCCUACCGAAUCCCCUUCGCAAUCCAAUGGGCAUGGCCUGUCCCUUUAUUCAUCGUCCUCUUCUUCGCCCCCGAAUCUCCGUGGUUCUACGUCCGGAUUGGUGAUUACGAAAACGCUGAGAAGUCAAUCACCCGCCUAAGUUCCUCAACAACUCCUGGUCAUGCAAAACAGGCUCUUGCCAUGAUGAUACAUACCAAUGAGAUUGAAAAGUCCAUCGACCAAGGUACUUCGUAUCUGGAUUGCUUCCGUGGGGUUGACCGACGCAGAACCGAGAUCGCCUGCAUGGCCUUUGCUGCCCAGCCUUUCUGUGGAUCUUCCAUGGGUGGUACUCCGACUUUCUUCUUCGUGCAGGCUGGUUUACCUGAGUCGAUUUCUUUCAGAAUGUCUGUUGGUGGUCUUGGGAUUGCGUCUGUGGGCACAAUCAUAUCUUGGUGGCUGCUUCCCCUUGGUCGGCGUACACUGUAUCUUUGGGGCCUUGGCUUGCUCACGGCCGUGUUGAUGAUUGUCGGAUUCAUCAGCGUCGGUGCUGGAGACUCUCAGGCAGGAAACUACGCGCAAGCCAGUAUGAUGCUCAUAUGGUUAGGCGUGUAUUACAUGACUGUUGGACCUGUUUGUUACGCAAUCAUCUCGGAAGUUUCUUCGACCAGACUGAGAAACAAAUCUGUUUGUGUCAGCCGAAUUGCCUAUUACAUUGCUCAAAUCAUCUGCAAUGUCGUCAAUCCUUAUAUGCUCAACCCAACUGCAGGAAACUGGCGCGGUAAAACUGGCUUUUUCUGGGGAGGUUGCUCUUUUGUCUUCUUCAUUUGGACGUUUUUCCGCCUUCCUGAAACCAAGAACAAGACGUUUGAAGAGCUUGAUCUUCUGUUUGCUAAUAAUGUGGCAACCCGCGAGUUUGCCAAGUAUAAGGUGGAUGCGUAUGCUGAGGAUGACAACGUCUUGACCGUUCAAGAUACUACUCGCCGUUGAUAAGCACAAUCUUUGGAUUCUGAUUUGUCCGGUAUUUCACACGGAGAGAUCUAUCUGAAAGUUAUAUUGAAGGAAAUGCUUUGCUUCGGAUUUAAGCAUUUGGGAUAUUAUUCUCGUCAAUCGCACCCCAGGAGGCAGCAGGCCGACGUUUAUUUAGGUUGAAUACUUAUUCUGCCG